GUUGCAGAGCAUGUUGGAUGAACUUAUCUGAGAACAAGAACUUCUACAUUCUAGUUUUAUAUCCGGCUUCAUCAGAUCCAGUUUGAGAAUGCCUCGUGUUACUCAACAUCUGCUGGUGUUCACAAUCAUAUUAGUCCUUCCACUGGCCAUUGGACAAACAACUACAAAUCCAUGGACAGGUAGCACCACAGCAAGCACCACAGCAAGCACCACAGCAAGCACCACAGCAAGCACCACAACCAUUGGAUCAGGCAAUUUCUCAGUGGUUAGGAACAUUACCCAGACUACUGUCACACCAAAUACAACUGCAACGACUGUGGUUAGGAACAUUACCCAGACUACUGUCACACCAAAUACAACUGCAACGACUGUGGUUAGGAACAUUACCCAGACUACUGUCACACCAAAUACAACUGAAACGACUGUGGUUAGGAACAUUACCCAGACUACUGUCACACCAAAUACAACUGCAAUGACUGUUUCCACCACAACAAAAACGACAUCCAUCGGAUCAAGCAAUUUCUCAGGAAUCUUUUACCCGUUCGGCUCUGCAGCAGGAGACACAAGCAAUAUUGCUCAAGAUGAUGGAAGCUCGAAUUUGAUUGGCCUGUUGAGUCCAUUUAAGUUCUUUGAGCGUACAUACCGCCAGAUUUAUGUUAAUAAUAAUGGACACCUUACAUUCAACCAAUCUUCAGGGCAAUAUGUCCCAUACUACUUUCCUGCUAAGGGAGGCAAAGAUAUAAUUGCUGGUUUCUGGACUGAUCUUGACAACAGGAGAGGUGUUGUUUCAUAUCAGCAGUACACAAAUGGAAGUGUGCUCACACAUGCCACUCAGGAUAUAAAACAGUAUUUCCCUGAUCUGAGCUUCAAUGCUACUUGGGUAUUUGUUGCAACUUGGGAUAAAGUCGCUUACUGCUGCACCACAAACACAGAAACUUCUUUUCAAGUGAUUUUAAUUUCAGAUGGUAAUUCUUCCUUUAUUCUGAUGAAUUAUGGAGACAUCGCUGGGAGAGAACAAACUAUUGCUGGUUAUGACACAGAAAAGUCCUCACAGUACUUUGUGAUUCCUGGGUCAAACAACGGGAAUGGGAAUGUGAAUCUCAAAUUCUCCAGUAAUGUAAAUGUUACAGGUCGUUGGGCCUUCAGAGUGGACAUUGACCCAAACAACAUCUCAAAAGAAUUUAACACCACGACAAACAUCGGAUCAAGCAAUUUCUCAGGAAUCUUUUACCCGUUCGGCUCUGCAGCAGGAGACACAAGCAAUAUUGCUGAAGAUGAUGGAAGCUCGAAUUUGAUUGGCCUGUUGAGUCCAUUUAAGUUCUUUGAGCGUACAUACCGCCAGAUUUAUGUUAAUAAUAAUGGACACCUUACAUUCAACCAACCUUCAGGGCAAUAUUUCCCAUACUACUUUCCUACUUAUGGAGUCCAAGAUAUCAUUGCUGGUUUCUGGACUGAUCUUGACAACAGGAGAGGUGUUGUUUCAUAUCAGCAGUACACAAAUGGAAGUGUGCUCACACAUGCCACUCAGGAUAUAAAACAGUAUUUCCCUGAUCUGAGCUUCAAUGCUACUUGGGUAUUUGUUGCAACUUGGGAUAAAGUCGCUUACUGCUGCACCACAAACACAGAAACUUCAUUUCAAGUGGUUUUAAUUUCAGCUGGUAAUUCUUCAUUUAUUCUGAUGAAUUAUGGAGACAUCGCUGGGAAAGAACAAACUAUUGCUGGUUAUGACACUGUAUAUUCCUCACACUACUUUGUUAUUCCUGGGUCAAACAACGGGAAUGGGAACGGGAAUCUCACAUUCUCCAGUAAUGUAAAUGUUACAGGUCGUUGGGCCUUCAGAGUGGACAUUAAACCAAGUGUAAACAUCAUCUCAAAAGAAAACGUAAUUGGACUUCAAGUGAAACUCACCUCAUUUUUAAACCUAUCGCACAAUGAAAACAUUAAUCUUGUUUUAGAUCAACUAAAACAGGAGCUGAUCAAAAAUGGUCUGCCGAACAGCACAGAGUUGACAUUAAGAAAAAUUCAAAAGACAAAUCCAUAAUCUGAGUCUCACAGGGAAAUAAAUCAGAGACGUCUUGGACACAACAAAUAAGUUUGCCAUUGAAGAUCGGAUGCCUCAGUGUCUUUUUUAUUAAAACAAUACAUUACAUAAUAUAUAUUCUACAUCAGUUAAUUCUGUUCCUUUAAUUUGAUUUGAUGAUAAAUGAGUGAUGAUAAUUAGUAUAACAACACUGUGAUGUUUUACAAUGUGUUUCAAACUGUGUCUGUCAUUCUAGACCGAGUAUGUGAGUGUGAACGGAGCAGGAAAUGGAGUUGGGUGAUUUUUGACUGGAGCUCAUAAGUUUAGUGCAUUAGUGUUUUCUCUCGCUUCCUGAUCACACUCUGGGAAAUUGCUGUUAAUCCGUUCCACUCACAUACUGUGAUCCAGUUUGUGCAUUACUUGUCGGCAUUCAAAGCUCAAUGCUCUGGAUUCUUUUGGAACUAAUUUCAUUGGCAGAGUAAAAAAAAGUCUAUUAACUAAAUUGCCAAAUUACACAAGUUACUCCAUUAACUUCUUGUUUAAAAAUGGAAACAAACAUAAUUAAACCUGCUCUUCUUCUAAAGCCCAUUUUACUAAUUCAUCCAUCUAUAAAGUACUUACUACGCCUUAGACACACUGAAUAGUCUUAAUAGUGAGAGUUUUUUAACUUCUAGAUGGGAAAACAAAACUUUUGAAUGUUUAUGGUUAAUGGUAUUGUGACAUAAUUGUCCUUAUUGUUGUAACAGAUGAACUUUAACAAGCCAUGGAACAGCUGUUAUGGUAUAUUUUACUUUGUUAACAUUAUGUUUGUAUUGUUGUUUUACUCUUAAUAUGUCAAUAAAAAUAUGUAAUCAAUAAUCAAUAAACAGAUAA